GGCGGGCGCAGCUCGGCGCGGCCCGCAGCGGCGGGGGCCCGGGCCCUCCCCGCCGCCAUGGCGCUGCCGCCGCGCUGAGCCGCCUGUGUCCCCCCCCGCCAUGGCCGGGGCCAUCGCGUCCCGCAUGAGCUUCAGCUCGCUGAAGAGGAAGCAGCCCAAGACCUUCACCGUGCGCAUCGCCACCAUGGACGCCGAGAUGGAGUUCAGCUGCGAGGUAAAGUGGAAGGGGAAGGACCUGUUCGAUCUCGUGUGCAGGACACUAGGACUCCGAGAAACCUGGUUCUUCGGGCUUCAGUACACUAUCAAGGAUACGGUGGCUUGGCUCAAAAUGGACAAGAAGGUUCUGGAUCAUGAUGUUCCAACAGAGGAGCCCGUCACCUUUCACUUCCUGGCCAAAUUUUAUCCUGAGAACGCGGAGGAGGAGCUGGUGCAGGAAAUCACACAGCACUUGUUCUUCCUGCAGGUGAAGAAGCAGAUUUUGGAUGAGAAGAUCUACUGUCCUCCUGAAGCUUCUGUCCUGCUGGCCUCUUACGCCGUCCAAGCCAAGUACGGCGAUUACGAUCCCAACGUCCACAAGCGAGGCUUCUUGGCGCAAGAGGAGCUGCUUCCAAAGCGGGUAAUAAACCUGUACCAGAUGACUCCGGAGAUGUGGGAGGAAAGGAUAACGGCCUGGUACGCAGAGCACCGAGGCAGAGCGAGAGAUGAAGCUGAAAUGGAGUAUUUGAAGAUAGCUCAGGACUUGGAGAUGUACGGAGUGAACUAUUUUGCGAUUAGGAAUAAAAAAGGCACCGAACUACUCCUCGGAGUUGACGCCUUGGGUCUUCACAUUUAUGACCCAGACAACAGGUUGACCCCUAAAAUCUCUUUCCCGUGGAACGAGAUCCGGAAUAUCUCAUACAGCGAUAAAGAGUUUACGAUUAAGCCAUUGGACAAAAAGAUUGAUGUUUUUAAAUUCAAUUCAUCAAAGCUGCGUGUGAAUAAGCUGAUUCUUCAGCUGUGCAUCGGAAACCACGACCUCUUCAUGAGGAGGAGAAAGGCAGACUCGUUGGAGGUCCAGCAGAUGAAAGCGCAGGCCAGGGAGGAGAAAGCCAGGAAGCAGAUGGAACGGCAGCGUUUGGCCCGAGAGAAGCAGAUGAGAGAAGAGGCUGAGAGGACAAGGGACGAGCUGGAGAGAAGGUUGAUGCAAUUAAAGGAAGAGGCAACGAUGGCCAACGAGGCUCUGAUGAGGUCUGAAGAGACAGCAGACUUGCUGGCUGAGAAGGCUCAGAUCACGGAGGAGGAGGCCAAGCUCCUGGCUCAGAAAGCAGCUGAGGCUGAACAGGAGAUGCAGCGAAUCAAAGCCACGGCCAUCCGGACGGAGGAGGAGAAACGGCUGAUGGAACAGAAGGUGCUAGAGGCAGAGAUGUUGGCACUGAAAAUGGCGGAGGAGUCGGAGAGGAGGGCGAAGGAGGCUGAUCAGCUCAAGCAAGACCUUCAGGAGGCUCGCGAGUCGGAGCGGAGAGCAAAGCAGAAGCUUUUGGAGAUCACCAGCAAGUCGUCCUACACACAGUCCAUGAACUCAAGUACGACAGCGCUGCCUACUGACCUGCCAAGCUUCAACCUCAUCAGCGAGAGCCUGUCCUUUGACUUCAAGGAUACGGACAUGAAGAGGCUUUCGAUGGAAAUCGAGAAAGAGAACUCACCCUACAGAGCACCAAGUCCCGCGUGGCCUUCUUCGAGGAGCUCUAGGAUGCGACCAGCCGCUCCGCACCACUGCUGCCCGCUGAACGGAGCAUCCCCCCCCCACCCCUACAGCAUCGGCGUGCCCCAAACGGGGCCGGGGGAGCCGGGCAUUGCCCCCCGGUGUCCUGCCCCCCCCGCCGCGGGGUGCUGCCAGCCUCUGCACGCCGACGGACUCGGGUGCCCACGGACUGUGUGACGUUCUCUAGCUUAGCGUCCCUUCACCCUCCUCCCUGGCCCUCUUUUUUUUUUUUUUUUUUGGUUUUCCCAGCCUUUUUCUGUGAUUUUUUUCUAGCCUAGUUUUUUUAGCCUUGGCCUUCCCCUUGGUGCCGGGGUGGGGGCUGUGACAGUGCCUCCCCCCCUCAACCCAAGCCUGGCAGCCAACGGGGCAGCGUGCGGAAGGGUGUCCCUCGGCGGGGAUGCCGUCCCUCCGGGCUGCCUUCUCCUGCCGGUGCCGGAGCCUUCUCCGGUGAUGCCCGGAGCUCCAUUAGGAAGGCAGAGCAUGUCCUAGUGGAGUGCUGUAAAUCAGGGGCCGGCGCGCCGGCGCUCGGCAGAGGUGGGAGGCAGGAGGCAGGCGGGCAGGGAGCGGGAUGGCAGCGGGGACCCCGGGCUGCGGGGAUUAGGGCAGGAGGUGGGGAGGAAGGCCCCCUCCUCCUCCUCCUCCUCCUCUCCGCAAGGGAUAAGGAGCAGGAGAACAGCUAGUGCCAACCAAAUGAAACCUUUUUUUAUUAUUAUUAUUUUUUAAUUUUUUUUCCUGCAAACUGUGACAAACCUGUGCAGCUUGAGGCCAAGGGGGGGCCCUGGGGGCUGAGGGCUGGGCUCCUGCUGGGUGCCCCGGUCUGGCAGCCCCCCCACACGAUGUGGCCCCCCCCCCCCCCCCCCCCAGCUCCUCCGAGCCCCUCCCUGGGCUGCCUGCUCCUGCCUGUCCUUAAGCGGGUGCCUUUGCUCACAGCUCUUACCCCCCCGGCGGCGGCCGCGGGGGGGGAACGGGGAUGCCUUGACUUUUCCUUCGUGUCUCCAUCCCAAAUCCCGCCCUCUGCUCGGGACUGGGGGGUGGGGGGGGGGGUGGGUGGUGGAAAACCUCCCUUCCAGCUGCGAUUUACCCUUUGAGGGAGCCGGUGCUGCCCUGAGCAUCCCCCGCAUCCCCUGGGGACCCCCAAUUCCUCCCUCCCACAACCUCACCUGACCCACAGCCACUCCGGAGGGUCAGCCCCUGGGGCUCAGCACCUCGUAAAUCGCGUCCUGAACCCUUUUUUUAUUUAAAACCGCUCUGCCUCGGAUCGACUCCCCGCACGUGGCUGCGAUUCGGCUGCCCGUGGCCUGGCACAGCCGCUUUCCCGUUCCCCUGGACUCUUGUACUGGGAAGAAAUAACCGUUUUCUCAUUUGUUUUAAUAAAAAUUCAAAGCACUAGGAGGGGGA